GACCUCUGGAUGCCGAUAAGAUGGCGGUCAACAGGUUCACACUGACCCGAUCGGGGAAGGCGAUGUUGAUGGUCGUCUUACUCCUUCAAAUCUCCAUCAUUCUGGUCGGUAUAAAUACGAGGAUACGGAAGCCCUCCUACCCCUGGACUGUCAACAAUGACGAUUUUCCUGCCGCCAGUUGCCCUGCAGCCCUCGUGGGUCCGAAACACACGGACAGCCGCUCGACGACCUCGGGGAACCAGACAAAUGAACAGAAGACGGUAAAACCUAAAACAGCGCCGUGUCCCAAGACCAUAGCCUCCCUCACCAAAUACUCCAAGUGGUUUCAAGAGAAAUACCGGCCCGGCAUCAAGUUGUUCUUGGACAGGGACGACACUGAACACUACGGCAAACUCUCGGCCAAAGGACUACCCUUCGGCUUCAAAAAACAGAACUUGACAGUUAUAAACCAAAUCUUGCAGCACAAAGACUUUGCUAAUCCUCCGGUUCACGGACUGGCCGGUAAGCAAGGCUGUAUUCGAUGCGCUGUGGUGGGCUGUUGGGGCAUCCUGAAUGGCUCAGGGGUUGGCGAAGAAAUCGACAGCCACGAUUACGUUUUCAGACUGAACAGGGCGUUGUCAUCAGGGUCAUUCGCUAACGACGUUGGAAAACGGACGACAUUCUACACAUUUUACCCAGGAUCAGAGCACCUUGAUGACGUGGAAGACAAGGAUGUCCUUGUGUUCUUUGUGUUUUUCAAAUCUUAUGAUGCCGACUACGCACUGAAUAUGAUGAACGGGGAGAAAUCACCCAAGUAUGUGACAAAGCGAAAGACAUAUGAAUUCAACACACCUGUCGUGAGUCCCACCAGGGUAAAGUUUGUUCACCCAGAGUUCUUUGCCUACGUCUUCAAGACUUUUUUGGACAACAAAUCCCGCAGACCAACCACAGGCGCGUUGGUGGUGCUCCUGGCUUUGCACAUCUGCGACGAGGUCACAAUCUACGGCUUUGGCUACGACCCCCGCUUCACCAUGCACUACUACGACACAGAGUUCGAGGUGCACACCCGGAACGUGAAGAGCUAUCACAACGUAGACAACGAGCGAAAACUGUGGCACAAACUUCACGAGGAAGGCGUCAUCAGGCUCUUCAAGAGAGACUUGUGACCCGGCAUGUAGAGAAGGCGUGAUACUAGACGGAAAGACUCCUAGCCGACCCCAUACAUCGAAAUUCAAUUUCGGUGACUGCUGAUCUAAACAAUUCUUAAAGGUUUGAAAUACUGAACCUCCAAAAAAUAUAUAUAUUUAAAAAGAUAUUUUUACAGAAGACUCGUGCCUUGACAUCGUUCGACUGUCACACAGUCAUUAAUGCUGUAUAUAUAAACUUAUAUAAAACGAAAACUGGAAAAUCUGGUACCCUGAUUAAGUUUGAGGAUAUGCUGUGAUGUAUACAAACUUGUUGUUUUUUCAUCAAUUACCUACCGGUACUCCUUUACAGCGUCGGAAAUAUUUACAAAACCGGCCAAUGUCAGGUUAUGGAGAGAUAAAGCCGGUAAGCAACCUACCUCUGCCCCGUCUCUGGCUUUAUCCGAUAUGUUAAACCUCCUGAUUCUGAAGUCUGUUCGCUCUGUUACUGCCAACAAAAAGCUCGAACUAUAUCCCACUGUGGAUGCAAAUUGUAAAGUAUGACCAUUUAAUUUGAACAUUUUUGGUCUAAACGCUGCUAGGAGGCGGAGACUAUGCUGGAUAUUGGAAAACCCUCUACUCUCCCAAAUUGUAUUACUUGUGGCUGGUGUCCAAGGGGGUCAGAUUUACCUAGGUAAAGGUGUCUCCCCUGGCCCGGUAAAUCUGUCCCCUUACAGGCUGUUGUGUCCCCUCCAGGUAAUUUUGGUCCUCUCUCGUUUUGCCACACAGAAUUGGCCAUUUUCGUGUUAGAUUGAUGAAUUCAGUCAACUUCUAAUACAGUUUGAUUUUUUAGCCUCUCAUAAAGUUGUAAAAGUGGGUGGGUAGAGACUUGAAAUCAAAUGAGCUGUGUUUCUGCAAGAAAUUGGGUAAGGGAGCUGUCAUGGUAUGACUUUUUUAUGCCUAAACUCUGAGGGCGCUCUUUUUGUAGAGCUCACUAGAGCUCACGACUUGUGUGAAGACUCGUCGAUAUCGCGCCAUUUUUUUCUUGCAUCGAGUUUCGAGCUUCCAGAUUUAGCGAAAACUUUCAUGGCUAUACUUUCCAGGUAGGUUGAUUUUUGCUUUCAGUCUUGUGCUGUGGCUUUUGGAUUCUAUGGUCGCGAUUUCUGUUUUGUAAUGUGGUUUUUUUUAAGUUACUUGUAGAUAUUUUAUGCCGCUUUUUGCCGAGAGUGCUUGCUUGUGUUAAACUGGGUGUCAACGUGCAUGUAAGAUACGUUAUGGAGCAAUUUGUCGUAGCUGUGUCAGCAUCCAAUGGUUUCUAGUUUGUAUAAAUGUCACUUUCCUUAGAGAUUUUCAGAAUAAUUUCAAGAUCGCUCAGAAGCCUAAGCAAUCAUUUUCAUCGUUAUUUUGCAGCGAAAAAAGGCUAGCGCAUAGCGCACAAUUGUUUGCCCUCACAGACUAACUAGGUAGUGUCAUUCUAAGCGCAGGUGGACCCGGAGAGUGAUAUAUUUUGGGGGUUCUUUGUUGUCCGUCAGCCGCUGUGGUCUCUUUCAAGUCGCUAUUGCAACGUAUCACAGACUGUGUCAUAUGUGUUUGAAUGGUUCGUAGUAAUUCGAUAACGUGUUUGUUAGGAAGAUUGUGUUCUUCUUAAACAGAGAUAUUGUUCAUUGAAGUGUUUGCUUUUUUAGUCUGUGUCCAGGGUGCAGCAGGACCCAGAAGUGCCCCCAUUUAUUGUUUUUGAGUCAUUUCGCAUAGUUGCUUCGCUAUAGUGGAAUUUGGAUGUGAACGUAUUCUGCUAGAUUUAGAUUACGAGUUAAAAUCAUUUGUUCUUGUUGAUCCCUAUACUGAUUUAACCACAGUUGUUGAAUUGAUCCAAUCACAGACAUCCCUAUCGCUCAUUAAAAAUCAAAGGAGAAGGCACGACAUUUAAA